AUGAGUUGGCGCACGUACUUUUUGGGGGGCGGCGAAGCCGGUGCGGGGUGGGGUGGGGUGGGGUGGGGGGGGGCAGGGAACGACGUGACGCUGACGAACGUUUUUCUGUACAGCCGGCUGCUGGACGCCACGGAGCUGAAGGCGCUCGUCGAGGAGAAGCUCGCCCCUCCGGUGACGACAGAAGCGCCGUCGACCACGGCCCCUCCGCAGGUCACGCGCGGCAGCUCCGUGCAUGGGUGUGUGGCUGCCUGUUUCUCUUCUGAGCGGAAGGGAACAACAGGGAAGGAGGUGGACCCGCGCUGGAAACCGCGCCAACUUCUUUUUGCUCGUGAUUUUCUUUGUUUUGGGAGCCCCGUUUUCCUUCUUUUUUUUUUGCUUUUUUGCUGUGCACACACCCUCCCGUUGGGAGGCGGGCUCCUCCUCCACACACGCCGAAGAGGGCCGCCGCGCUGCAGCGAUGAGGCGUCCACCAGGCGGGGCAGCACCGCUGCGCAGAAGGCCCCCAUUAAAUGCAACUGA